AUGACAAAUAACCAUAGCAUCAAAGUUGAACGAAUAUGCUGCGUAGGUGCUGGUUAUGUUGGCACUCCGACAUCAGCUGUAAUUGCAUUGAAGUGUCCAGAAAUUCAAGUCACUGUGGUUGAUGUAAAUGCAGAUCGAAUCGCUGCUUGGAAUUCAGAUAAACUGCCUAUUAAAGAGCCUGGUUUAUUGGAUAUAGUAAAAGCUUGUCGUGGAAGGAAUUUGCACUUUUCUACCAAUGUUGAUUUGCAUGCUGAUGAAGCCGACAUAAUUUUCAUUUGUGUUAAUACCCCGACGAAGAACUACGGUAUCGGAAUGGGUCGCGCAGCUGAUCUCACAACUCUUGAAUCCGCAACGCGUACAUUAUCUGCUUGUUUCACAUCUUCUAAAGUUGUUGUCGAGAAGAGCACAGUACCUGUUCGCUCUGCAGCACGUGUUGCUGAACUAUUAAAUAAUCAAUCGCCUAAAAAUCUUGAGCACACUGUUCUAUCAAACCCGGAGUUUCUUGCAGAAGGUACUGCAAUAAAUGAUCUCCUCCAUCCAGAUCGAAUUCUUAUCGGUGGUGAUGAAGAUUCAGCUGCUGGUCGACGUGGCCUUGAUAUGCUUACCUGGGUUUACAAACAUUGGGUCCCCGAGGAUAGAAUUAUUCUCACUUCUGUCUGGUCAUCAGAACUCUCUAAAUUGGCUGCUAAUGCCUUCUUGGCUCAGCGCAUCAGUAGUAUCAAUGCGGUUUCGGCUAUAUGUGAAGCUACAGGUGCUGAUGUUCGUGAGGUUUCUGCCGCCAUUAGUCGUGACUCUCGUAUCGGUCCACAUUUUCUUCAAGCUUCCCUUGGCUUUGGUGGUUCGUGCUUCCGCAAAGAUAUUCUCAAUCUCACAUAUAUCUGUGAGUCGCUAAAUCUUUCCGAGGUAGCCUCCUAUUGGAAUAUGGUACUACGACUCAAUGACCAUCAAAUGGAGAGAUUUUCACGUUCCAUUAUACGGUCAAUGUUCAAUAAUCUACGCGGCAAACGUAUUGCUAUUUUUGGAUUUGCUUUCAAGAAGAAUACUGGUGAUACGAGAGAGAGUCCUGCCAUUCGAGUAUGCUCCAUUCUUCUAUCUGAAUAUGCCCAUCUGGCAGUUUUUGAUCCCCAGGUGUCUGAUGAACAGAUCAAAAAUGAUCUUACUGAAACCACAAGUGGCGAUAUUGUUCACUCCAACCUGACCAUCUGCCACUCUGCAAUGGAGGCUGCAGUGAAUUCCCAUGCUAUUGUGAUCUGUACGGAAUGGGAUGAAUUCAAGCCUAUGUUCUUGAGAGCUACAUCGCAAGCUAAGGCUAUCAAGGUCACUAACUAG